AUGUUGUUACCAUUUUUCGUGUUUAACCCGAAAAAUGUUAAGAAUUCUCUGUUCGGAUCUCAAAUAGUAAAACAUGUUACCAAAGUUAUAGAAAUAAAAUGGAUCUUAAGAAAUGGGAAAGUAUUAGCAGAGGACCGAGGAGCUGUUGUUGUUUCAAAUCAUCAAUCAUCCAUAGACAUUCUAGGAAUGUUCAAUAUCUGGCAUGUAGCUGAUAAAGUGGCUGCUAUUGCACGAAAAGAAAUAUUUUAUGUGUGGCCAUUUGGUCUGGCUGCAUACCUUGCAGGAGUGGUGUUUAUUGAUAGAAAUAAUUCAAAAGAUGCAUAUAAACAACUCAAGGUCACUUCUGAAGUAAUGAUUAAAAAUAAGACAAAAAUUUGGUUGUUUCCUGAGGGGACUAGAAAUAAAGACUUUACAAAACUACUUCCUUUCAAAAAAGGUGCAUUCAAUAUUGCAGUUGCUGCUCAAGUCCCAAUAAUACCCGUUGUGUUCUCACCCUAUUACUUCAUUAAUAGCAAGAAGUAUAUUUUUAAUAAAGGUCACUCUAUUAUCCAGUGCUUAGAGCCUGUUCCAACCAUGGGACUUACUAUGGAUGAUGUACCGGAUCUGAUAAUCAAAGUACGCAAUACUAUGGAUGCUGCCUAUAAAGAGCUAUCAAAGGAGGUGCUUAGUGCUUUACCACCGAAUUAUCCCCUCGCUGUCGAGGACUGA